AUGCUGGUGCUGCCAUCCCCCUGCCCUCAGCCUCUGGCAUUUUCCUCCGUUGAGACCAUGGAGGGCCUUCCCCGCCGGACAUGCCGCUCCCCAGAACCUGGACCUUCCUCCUCCAUCGGAUCUUCCCAGGCUUCAUCUCCUCCAAGGCCCAACCACUACCUGCUUAUUGACACUCAGGGUGUCCCCUACACAGUGCUGGUGGACGAGGAGUCACAGAGGGAGCCAGGGGCCAAUGGGGCUCCAGGCCAGAAAAAGUGCUACAGCUGCCCCGUGUGCUCAAGGGUCUUCGAGUACAUGUCCUACCUUCAGCGACACAGCAUCACCCACUCGGAGGUAAAGCCCUUUGAAUGUGACAUCUGUGGGAAGGCAUUCAAGCGCGCCAGCCACUUGGCACGGCACCAUUCCAUUCACCUGGCGGGUGGUGGGCGGCCCCAUGGCUGCCCGCUCUGCCCUCGCCGCUUCCGGGAUGCAGGUGAGCUGGCCCAGCACAGCCGGGUGCACUCUGGGGAACGCCCGUUUCAGUGUCCACACUGCCCUCGCCGCUUUAUGGAGCAGAACACACUGCAGAAACACACACGGUGGAAGCAUCCAUGAGCUGGGCUGCCGGGUGCCCCAGGUACCACAGGACUUUGCAGGGAGCCUGGACUCCUGUCCAGACACCUGGUGAGAGCCUGAGGCUGGUGUUCAGGGCCCUGGACACAGACACAGAGCAGCCACAUCUCAAAGGCAGAGCCCUGCCUGAAGGAGGAAUCCGUGAGUAGUCUUCAGGUCCUCCGUGUUUUGGAGCUGAGAUGGGAAUGAGCCCCUACGCAGAAUGGAGUCCUCUAGCCUAAAGAUACCAGCUCUUCCAUGGCAGAGCCUUGACUGGAUGGGGGUGGGGAGCGUGGUGUGUAAAGUCUCUGGCCUCAUAAAAGGUGGCUGUGGGUCAUCAGGAAUCUGCCAUCUUCCUGAGGCUUCUGUGCUGUUGUUGGGGAAGGGACCCCAGUCCUGCCUUCCACCCCCCGACCAGGCCUGAGACUGAUCAAACAAUAAACACGUUUCCCACUCUGA